UUGUUCGCGGCCGAGGGGGAGCCGAGGCUGCCGCGGCGCUGAGCUGGGGCCGGGGCGCUCCGCAGGACCGAGCUCUGCCCGCCGGCACCAUGUCCCGGGACCCCGAGGAGGUGAACAAGCUGACGGAGAACACGUACAAAAAUGUUAUGGAACAGUUCAAUCCAGGACUGAGGAAUUUAAUAAAUCUGGGGAAGAAUUAUGAAAAAGCUGUUAAUGUUAUGAUAGUGGCUGGAAGAGCAUAUUAUGACAGCCUUGCAAAGAUUGGGGAUAUAUCAGCUGGUUCUCCAGUUUCUAAAGAAUUGGGCCAAGUUCUGGUAGAAAUCUCAAGAACACACAAGAAACUUAAUGACAGUCUAGAGGAGAGUUUCAAAAAAUUUCAUAAAGAAAUUAUAUCUGAACUGGAGAAGAAAACAGACCUGGAUGUGAAAUACAUGACUGCAACUCUAAAGAGGUACCAAACCGAACACAGGAGCAAACUGGAUUCUUUAGAGAAGUCUCAGGCUGAGCUGAAAAAAAUCAGAAGGAAAAGCCAAGGAGCACGAAAUGUGACGAAAUAUGAGCAUAAAGAAAUGGAGUAUUUGGAAACGGUGAGCUCUCGCCAGAGCGAUAUCCAGCGGUUCAUCGCAGAAGGCUGCAGGGAAGCUCUCCUUGAAGAGAAAAGAAGGUUCUGUUUCCUGGUUGACAAGCACUGCAGCUUCACCCAGCACAUGCACUUCUACCACGUCCAGUGUGCAGACUUCCUAAAAUCCAAGCUGCCUGGGUGGCAGGAAACCUGCAGUGAUGCCACCAAAGUGCCUGAAAAAGUCAGAAUGAUGAUAGAUGAAAUAAGGACACCCGGAUCCACUCCAGUCUCGGGAACGCCGCAGCCUUCACCAAUGGUAGAGAGGAAUACCAUGAUUGGAAAUGAUUUUUAUCCUCAUCACGAAAAUGCAUCCAACGUGCCCCCAGCUCCCACAGGCAGGGCCUACACGAGCCCACUCGUUGAUAUGUUCAACAAUCCUGCCACAGCUCCCAAAGCACCUUCUGAGAAACUAAAUCAUUCAGCGGAGAAUUCAGAUGAUGCCAGUUUAUCACGUUCAACUUCUGUUGCCACGGGACUAAAUAUAAUGAAAAGGCAAAAAGUGAAGACAAUCUUCCCACAUACUGCUGGAAGCAACAAGACAUUGCUCAGCUUUUCCCAGGGGGAUAUCAUCACACUGCUGGUAGCUGAGGAAAAGGAUGGCUGGCUCUAUGGGGAGAAUGACACAACCAGAGAAAAAGGAUGGUUUCCGUCGUCGUACACGAGACCACUAGAAGAAUUAGAAGACAAAGCCUUUGCCCCUGUGCCAAGCCCUGCACCAAUCCGAAGUGUUAGUUCUGUAAAUCUUGUGGAGAAAGGGGAAGUUGUCCUCCCACCACCAGACUACCUGGGGGCUUCACAGGCGGAGUCUGCCAAAGGUCCUGCUCCUAAAACACCGACGGACAGAGCGGAGCCGGCAGGGCCGAAACCCAACAUGAAUGGCAUUACAAAACCACCUUUUCUAAGUGGAGAAAAUCCCUUUGCAACGGUGAAGCUCAGACCAACAGUAACAAACGACAGAUCAGCACCGAUUAUCCGAUGAACACACGGUCCAGACACAUCCUUCUUCCCUACCAACACACCAGUUCAGUAGUGACAAUUACUAUCUCAACUUCUAAAAAAAUUAUUUAAAUGUAAUUACUGUACAAUAUUGGCAUACUGGAAUGGAGCUCUGAUGUUUUGUUAAAACCUUUGCUUUCUAAUGAGGUAAUUGCUUUGGGCUAGUGUUUGAGCACCUGGGCUGAUUUUACAGUAUGCCUUGUUUUGUAGUAGGAUUUGUGAAAAUGCUGGAGAUAGUUUGGAUGCUCUAGUGAAUCAGUGUAAGUAAUAGCUCACAGAUCUGAAUCUUUGGCAUUCAUUAUUUGGAAGCUGCAAUGGUAAGUUCUAGAAUAUAAGCCUGCAUAUGCCACCUACUAAAGAAGAUAACAGUGAUUUUAUUUUUUUUUUCAAA